UCCAGCAACUUUCUCCUUCUCUCUUUCCGGUGGCGAAGCACCGCUCUCGCCCUAGUGGUCGCUUGAACUCAGCGGUGGUUGCGGCGUGCAAGUUGUAUUGGCCCUCGACUCUUGCUGUCGGCCCGCCGCUGCUUCUUGUUUUUUUUUUCUAUCCUUCGUUCCGUCUCUUUCCGUUGUUUCUUCGAGUACCGCUGUUGGUAACGCGUGACCAAUUUGUGCUUGCAGAGUCUCGGUAUAUAGAUCACGCACGAGUGAAAGCCCAUAAUAGGGCUCGACUUUAGAUAGUCUGUUGAAGAAGAUAUGGAUUGCAAACCGUGUCUAUUUAGAAUCUAUUUUGGGUUUUAAGUUGGAUUUGGAUCCUCUGUUGGACUUAGUCUGAGAUACAGUUUCCGUCCGUGGUCUGCGAGCGAGAGCAGGAGGCGGCCACGCAAGCUCCACGAAGGGAACGAAACCGACGCCGAGCCCGAGACGGCGAGCCGUUGCUUCGCGACACCUCGCUCGCUUCUCUUCCAGGCUUCCACCUCCACUUCCACAUGGCCGCUCCCAUCCACGCGCGUCUCCUCCCGCUCCCCUUGCACCCGAACCCAAGCCCCAGUCUCCACGCGAGCGGCACACGACGGGUGCCCUGGCCCCCGCGCCACCGCCGCCGCUGCUUCGCGACGCCGCCGUCGCGGAACGGGAGCUCCUCCUCGCCGGAGAUCGACUGGUGCCCGGUGCCGCCGGACCAGCUCCCCGUGAACGAGUACGAGGCGCUUGCGGCCUCCCUGCCCUUCUCCUGGGCGGCGGGGGGCCUCCGCGUCUACUGCUCCCGCCUCGCGCUCACGGGCGCCGCCGUCGCGCUCUUCGUCGGGCUCCCGGUCGCCGCCUUCGGGGGCCGCGGCGGGGCCGGCGGCGACGCUCUGCACCUCGCGCUCGGUGCCACGGGGUCCGGGAUCCUCGCCGUCACGCUCGCUGUCGUGCGGAUGUACCUCGGGUGGGCCUACGUCGGCAACCGCCUGCUCAGCGCCACAGUGGAGUAUGAGGAGACGGGAUGGUAUGAUGGUCAGAUAUGGGUUAAAACUCCAGAAGUUUUAGCUCGUGAUCGGCUUCUAGGCUCAUUUUCUGUCAAGCCUGUGCUAAACAGGGUGAAGUUCACCUUGGUGGGUCUGGCAGGCUCCCUGAUCCUUUGCAUUCUUCUGUACGUGAACACGGAAACCCCAAAGGAACCUUAUGGAAAUACAGGUGGAAGGUCUAUCCCGGGAGUGUACAGCGACGCUGCUGCAAGGUCGUUUGAGCCCGAUGCAUUCUGUGGAGAACCUGAUUUGUCGUAGCAUCGUAAAGCGUGGAGCAUGGAAGGUUUGUAGAUGGCAGUAUAUAUGGUCUCACAGGGUAUAUACGGGGGUUUCUGUACGGGGUUUUUAAUCCAUCAAACUAGGGUAAUGUAAAUAUUUGGCCACACCCACACUAGUAUCGAUAUUUUAGACGCAAGCCUCUUAUGAAAAUUUAUGCUGACGGGCCA